GUUUUUCCCGCGUGAGUUUGACACAAAGUCGUCAAAGUUUCCUUCUAGCUUGCUUUUUUUUUUUUUUUGGUUACUAAAGUGGACAAACGCACAAACGGGAUUUUGUGGUUCUGCAACGGGCGACCGGCACAUAUCGUGGGUGCGUGUGAUUGUGAGCGCGGUAUUAACUCACGUGGUUUUGCGGUUCGGACGGUUUGAUUGAAGGUUCAAAGCAGCGAGUUGGAAGAUUUGUGCCAACGGUAGAAUGACGAUUGCUUUGAGAUCAUAGCGGUGGAAAAGGUUCAUCAAAAUAGCCAAGAAAAGCUAGUUGUGUUAAUUUUGGCUGUUGAAGUGUAUUGGAAAGUUGUAGUGCGAAUGAGCACCACGAAGACAAGCUGAAGCCUAUUCCGCUAGGACGAUUUAAUCAUCUCGCACAAAAGGUGGUGCCGAAAAACUUACAACUGCAAGAAGGCAAAUGACUUAAUUGGCACACGGCACAAUUAUGGAGUGCAUUUAUCGUACUGUGACAAUCCUAUUACUAUUGAUUGGCUCGUUACCGAAACCAUUAAUCACGUUCGUCUCGUGCUACUCGGUGAGGGCAGGCCACGUGCAGCCGCACAACACCCUCGAGAAUGGCCUCCUGAUUGCGGCAAACGUUUCCAUCGGGCACCUGCGAAAGCACAAAUAUUUUUAUUACAUUCCACGAAUGAAUAGUUCACCUCACAGCCGCAAACAGCGCAACUCUUCCACCUACGUCUACAAGGCCGACUACGAUGAUGCCACCCAGCGGGGCAACCGACCCUUACCCCUCGAACUGCGGCGGCUACGUCACAUCUCAAUGCCAAGCGCCGCAGCUGGCCUACUAGAUAAGACACAAGAACAACAACAGCAACAACAACAACUACCACCACCACCACCAUCCCAUCAGACACAACAGCCUCCACAGCAGCAGAAAUUCCAACGUUACUAUAUCUACAAUGCGGUCCCUCGUCGGCGAAGCCUACCUACGGAGGAAAUCGACAGCUUCAUGGCCGAUAAGCAUCAACUGUUCAAAACGGGAACACGGCCUUCUUCUGCGAUGAAAUCGCCCAAUGGCUCGUCCUAUGAAGAAGCCGCCGCCGCCGCUGCCUAUCGAAAGGUCAAGAAGCGCAGUGCUGCCGACGAUAAGCUCAGCAAGAACAUAACCUUGAUUCUGGAGAACUUGCUGAAGAGCUACGAAAAUUCGCAGAUGCCGACGCAUGGACAGGGAAUUCCAACGAUUGUCAAGACCAACAUUCUGAUUCGAAGCAUGGGACCGGUCUCGGAACUGGACAUGGACUAUUCAAUGGACUGCUACUUCCGACAGUACUGGCGUGAUAAACGACUGAGCUUCCACGGUCCCAUCAACAGCCUUUCGCUGAGCAUCAAGAUGGUGGAACGGAUCUGGCGUCCGGAUACCUACUUCUACAACGGCAAACACUCCCACGUGCACACGAUCACCGUUCCGAACAAACUGCUCCGCCUAAGCCAGGAUGGGGAAAUCCUCUACUCCAUGCGGCUGACCAUCAAAGCAUCCUGCCUGAUGCAACUGCGCAGUUUUCCGAUGGAUCGCCAGUCCUGCCCGCUGGUUCUGGGAAGCUACGCCUACUCGCGUCAGCAACUGAUCUACCAGUGGCAGACUGACGACUCCGUGAACUUCGUACCCGGUAUGACGUUGAGCCAGUUCGAUCUGAUGAGCUUCCACCAGAAGAACUACACCUUCGCCCGGCGGGAAGGCGAAUUCUCCGUGCUUCACGUGUCGUUCAAUCUCCAGCGCCACACCGGAUACUUCCUGAUCCAGGUGUACGUCCCGUGUAUUCUGAUCGUGGUCCUGUCGUGGGUUUCGUUCUGGAUCCAUCGGGAGGCGACCAGCGACCGGGUCGGAUUGGGCAUUACCACCGUGCUGACGCUGUCUACGAUCAGUUUGGACUCGAGGACGGAUCUGCCGAAGGUGCGGUACGCUACCGCACUGGACUGGUUUCUGCUGAUGAACUUUAUCUACUGCAUCGCUACGCUGCUGGAGUUUGCCGGGGUGCACUACUUUACGAAGGUCGGCAGUGGCGAGAUCCCGCUGGACGAAGACGAAUGGGAAGACAUCGACAAUGUAGUCGAGAUAGGGUUGAACAUCGGAGGCGGCACUGCUGGAGGUGGAGGAAUACGGCCGCAGCCGGCCGUGAUCCAUGAUUCACCGCAGCGGUUGAUUGCGGCGAGGAGGCGCAGUUCAUUGAUCUGUCCGAUCUACAACGAUCCGCAGCAUAUGUUCAAACCGACAACGUCGCACCUGUCCACGAUGGAACGGACGACGCAAACCGAGCCGCCGAAGGAACCCCGCUGGAAGCAGCUUUGGCUGUGCUUCCUGGGCGACGAUAAGUUCCGUCGGAGGAGACAACGCGAGGCGACCGGCAGGGGUGGUGCCAGCCGUCACAUCAACAGUGUAUCGCUGAUCGACCAGGCAGCUAGGGUGCUGUUUCCGGCUUCGUUCACCCUGUUCAAUGUGAUGUACUGGUUGUGCUACUACACCUACCAGGCGGAUUUCACCUGGGCUCCACUGAAGGAAGUUUAAGACAACUUAAAACUUGAUCUACAAGCUGACGAAUUUAACUUAUUGAUAAAACUGUUGAAUUAUAAAUAAAGACAAUGUUGAAACCUAGUCGAAUUGUGAAACAAUCGAGUAAAAUAAGCUAGCAUUUAAGGGAUUUCUUUCCUAGCAAAAUACCACCCACAUACACACACACACUCACUUGAUCUAUAAGUCCUGAUUUAAUGUCCUUAAACUGUUCUCAGAUUUUACGUUAGAUAAAAUAAAUAAAGCACAAAUACACAAACGAUUGUUGUAGGUCGACUCGUCUUGAUUUUUUUUUUCCUUCUUCCUCCUGCUGUUAUUCUUCGAAAGCCAUAUUACGCUGCCCAAAAUCAUAGCUGCCUCUAUGGUACUAAAUUGUUAUUGUAUUUUGAUUUUUUGUUUUGUUUGCCCAUGCGUGUAAAACUUUCCUGAACCUGAAUUGGACUGUUGUCUUGUUGUUUGUAGAAAAGGGUUAUGUUGUAAGAUGAAAUAAAAAUAUCCCAGAAAAUAGAAUCCAAUACGAGUAAAGGCCACACUUUUCACUGUUACUGAUUCCGAGUAGUGGUAGUAGUAGUUGUAGUACUUACACUUAAGUGUUGUUCGUUGGUUGAUGGUUUUAAGUUGGGUGAAAACUGGUAAGUAGUCGUGUGCGCGUCGCUAGCUUAUUAUGUUUUCCGGCUAUCACAAGUAGCAAUAUC